CUGGGGGCGCGGAGAAAAAAGUGCAUGAGCUACAACAAUCAAUUUCAAAAGAGGCGAGGAGGAAUUUUCAAAGGCUGCUGAGUGGCUUGAUACUUGGUUAUGUCCACUAGAAUCACCUGCGACACCAAAGUAUUGCGACGCAUUACACUGACGACACGAUCGAUCGAUGCCAGACUACUACACACCAGCAGAGUUAUAUCUGCAAAAGCAGCUUUGUCAAAAAAGAAUAACCCUGAUGUGCGAAUCAACGCAGCCAACGUUCAACUUCUGUCACCUAAGCUUCAUGCGCAAGUAUUUGGACGCAGCUCACCUAGUGGCGCAAGAGAUUUAAAGGCGCGUAAAGCAGCUGCCAAAGAGCACUUGGAGCUGCAAGGCAUAUGGGGCAAGGCCAGCGAUGUACAGGAACCAAUAGCGCUGAAACUUCCUGAAAUAUACGGGCGCGACAUCGAAGAACACUUUAUGCGGAUUGGUUUUGAGCAGAGUGGAUCGUAUUUGGAGAAAGCGGAACAGUUUGCCGAUAUCAGUCUACCAUCCAUGCCCAACACGUGGAGUCAGCAACCAGGAUGGACGCGAUAUGACAAAGGUAGCGGCAAAGCGGCAUCGGUAGAUCACCCAGAGGAAGAAAUGCUCGUAUUUGAUGUUGAAGUCCUGGUAAACACCGGCCAAUAUCCGGUGAUGGCAGUGGCAGCAUCCGGCGAAGCGUGGUAUUCGUGGACAUCUCCCUAUCUAUCAGGUGAUAGCGACAACCCUAAUCAUCUCAUACCCCUGGGUAGCGGGAAGGAGCGCAUAGUGGUUGGCCAUAAUGUUGGAUAUGACAGAGCACGAAUAGCGAAUGAGUAUAGUCGAGCACAAUCAGACAUACGGUAUCUUGAUACGAUGAGCCUGCAUAUUGCAGUGUCCGGACUCUGCUCGCAACAACGACCGGCGUGGACCAAAAGGAAGAACCAACAGGAUAAAGCCGCUAUGGGCGCUACGACAGCUGGCGCGGUUGGAGCUGUGGACGGAGAAAUAUCACAGCCGGAUUUUCAAGAAGCCAAAUUUUUUGAUGUGAGUUCGCUCAAUAGUCUCAAAGACGUUGCCAAAUUCCACUGUGAUAUCGAACUCGAUAAAUCUGUACGAUCGUAUUUUGAAACCGGCACUUUACAAGAUAUCCAAGAGAACUUUCAAGAAGCGAUGCGGUACUGCGCGCUGGACGUGGACAUGACCCAUCGCAUCUACAAGGUCGUACUCCCAAAGUUUCGCGCCAAUUGUCCACAUCCCGUCUCGUUUGCUGGCAUGUUAAAUAUGGGCAACUCGUUUUUGACCGUGACAGAAAAAUGGGAACAUUAUUUGGAGCGAUCAUCAAGGAAGCAUGAUGAGUUAAGCGAUAUGGUGGAUGUUAAGCUCAGCGACCUAGCAGAAAAGGCGCGCGUUUUGGUCGACCAACCAGAGGUGUGGCAAAAUGACCCAUGGCUAUGCCAGCUGGACUGGCAUGUCAACCCCCGGCAGCGCAAGCUGAAAGGACAGCCUAAAUGGUACAAGGACGCUUAUGAUUCCAAAACUGAGAAGCUCAAAAUAUCCAUUCGGUCACGGAUCGCACCAGUUCUUCUGCGGUUAAAAUGGAACGGUCAUCCACUGCACUAUAUUCCAAAACAAGGGUGGUGUUACAAGGUGCUACUCAGCCAAGUCGAUGAAAAUACACCCAAGCCAAUACUUCAAGAUGAUACUUAUAGUUAUAUCAAGGUUCCUCACAAGGACGGUGCUGACGCCAACUGCGGUAACCCGCUCGCGAAGGGAUACAUUGGUGCUUAUGAAGACCGGACAAUGACAUCCGAGUAUGAAGCAGCCAAGCAGGCGCUUGAACUCAAUGCCAAAUCAGCAUAUUGGAUCAGCGCACGAGAACGUAUUUUGGGUCAGUUUGUCGUGUGGGACAACAAUACUGACGUCGAUAUGAAACUACCCAAGCGGCAACAAAACGACGGCAAAUAUGGCAUGAUCCUCCCUCAGAUGGUAACGAUGGGUACCGUUACUCGACGUGCUGUUGAGAAAACGUGGCUGACUGCAAGUAACGCCAAGGCCAACCGGAUCGGAUCUGAACUGAAAUCAAUGGUUGAAGUUCCAGAAGGCUACAAGAUCGUUGGUGCGGACGUUGACUCGGAAGAACUAUGGAUUUCCAGUGUGAUUGGCGACGCUCAAUUUGGCUUUCAUGGUGCGUCGGCUCUUGGUUGGAUGACGCUGCAAGGCUCCAAAUCAGAAGGCACGGAUCUGCACUCCAAGACGGCCAGUAUUUUGGGUAUCAGCCGUGACAAGGCCAAGAUUUUCAACUAUGCACGGAUCUACGGCGCAGGCGUAAAAUAUGCGACCAGCCUGCUAUUGCAAUACAGUCAAGGCAUGGAUCCUGAAACAGCAAAAGAACGUGCGCUUGCACUAUAUGCAAGUACGAAAGGCGAAAAGGAGCACUCGACCAAGAAUCGGUUCGAUCGGCAGUUUUGGCAUGGCGGUAGCGAGAGUUACAUGUUCAACGCACUUGAAGACAUUGCGCUCUCGAAAGAACCUCGAACGCCGGUGUUAGGGUGUGCGAUCACGGAUGCAUUGAAGCCGAGAUAUACAGGCACACAGUUCCUUACUUCCCGUGUCAACUGGGUCGUGCAGAGUUCGGGUGUGGAUUACCUCCAUCUAUUAAUUACAUCGAUGGCCCACUUGAUCGAUCGAUAUCAGAUCAAUGCAAGGUUCAUGCUAUCAGUACACGACGAAGUUCGGUACCUGUCAACCGAAGAAGAUAAGCACCGUACAGCACUGGCCCUUCAAGUGGCCAAUCUUUGGACACGAGCUUUGUUCAGCUGGAAAAUGGGUGUUGAAAGCUUACCACAGAGUGUGGCAUUCUUUUCUGCAGUUGAUAUUGACCAUGUCCUCCGUAAAGAGCCCAGCAUGCCAUGUACAACGCCAUCACACGAGGAAAAGAUCAAAGAAGGCGUCACUUGUACUGUGGAUGAUACCUUGUGCGAACUUGAAGCAGUUACACAACAGUCGCGCAACAAUGUGUGUUUGCUGGGUGAUGCCCGAGAAACAACGGGCCGGAAGAUCGAUGAUAAAGUAAUCAAGCGCAAUCUACAAAAGCUUCAAAAGCCGCGGGAGCCAUGCAGCUUAGAUUUCCUGAAGGCCCAGAUGCACGAGAACUACAGGGCAACAUUAUCCCCCGCAUCCCCGCAGGGACGUGAAACUGAAGAAAUCGUAACGCAGUCAUUACCUACUGCCCCACUGUCAUUACCCGCAUUUGAAUUCCAUCAAGUCAGCCGAGUCCGUACUGUUGUUCACACUGGUCGCAGACGUGCAUCUCCAUCAUCACAAUCCUCGUCAUCAUUUGUAAAAACUGUGCAUCCCAUCUUCUAAAUAUUAUCAGUAAUAAAGCAUACACCCCAUUUCAUCACAUUCAUCGUAGUCUUCUUCUGAUAAACUUAAAGACCAGAUGUCGCUAAGCAACUGGGUUAAUCAACGUAACGCAAAGUACAAAAUAAGGGAGUCAGUCCCUGACGAUUACUCACGAAGACAACACCAGAGUUCCCAUCUCCGAUUUAGCUCAGCUUUCGUAAGCAAGGAUAAACAGCAACCGUGGCUCUAAUUACAUAAUUUUGC